CCACUUAUAAGAGACAGGCCGUUAGUCACAUUGAGGGGAUACUAGUGACCCCCUGUGACUUCUCUGCUACCCCCGAGCGAACACUGUGCGCUGCCCGGUUACCAUGGCUACAGAGGCGGGAAGUCAUUACAACACUGGACUUCCGUGUGUGGGUUGAGCGGGGAGGCGGAACUUUCUCGGAGUUCGUUGCUUGGCAACCGAUAAGCGUCCUUAGAAUCGCAGGGAUCCGGGAUAGUUCGUGUAAGUGGGUACCGAGUCCUUAGACCCGCGCGGGGAAACAUGAGCCCGAAGAGAGCGAGGAGCACAGUCCCGCCAGGGGGUAGUGGCCCUGUGGGGGCCCCAGGAGUGAUGUCUCGGAGCUGGGAGUCCGGCCUGAUCCAGGCGCAACUGGAGGAGGAGAAUUGGAAGGUCAGUGUGGCUUUUGUGAUUGAGAAUCAAGCGGAGGACGAGGUCCAUACGAAGGCGCUGGCCCAAGCUGUGUCAGUUCCACUGCGCCGGCUCUUCAGUGUUGCAUCAUGGGAGGCAAUGAUCCAACAGGUCCAGGAGCUGGGAAAUCCGAAGGUCAAGAAAACAAGAGAUUCACCGUUAUAUUGGGAGGUCACAGAGGCUGCGAAACUGCUGUUGGAUCACGGGGAAAAGCUCCCACUGUCUCUGGUUGCAAAACUAUUGAAAUUCCAGUUCCUGAACAUCAAGCAGAAAGACCUGCAGAGGAGGGAGGCCGAGAAGAAGGCCCCAGAAGACAAGGCCAAGAGUAAACCUGCUAAAGCCAAAUCACCCAGCGCUCGUUCUGCGGGAAAAUCAAAAGGAAAAAAAGGCCCAGAGGCUCCACCCCCAGUCCAAAAAAUUACCUCCCUGAAGCGACGGGGGGAAGAAGAGGAAACCAACAGAUAUAUUGAUGAUGAGCCAGAUGAUGGGGCGCAACAUUACAUCAUUGUCCUUGGCUUCUAUGAGCCUCAGCUUGUGGCCCUGUUGGCAGAACUUGGGGUCCCUGUAUCCAGUGUUAUAAGGAUUUCGUCCCAGAACUACACGAGUCUUCCUGCCAAUGAGCCGGAUCCAACGGUGGCACCAGAAGUUCUAGAGGCAGAACAGCAGAGGAAAGUGACUCUAACAAAAUCCUUGGAAAAGUUCUGGAAAUACCUGGAGCCCAUUCUGAACAGUGGCCCUCGGGGAUCCCGACUUCUGGAGGUGGCUCGGCUCCACUAUAUGGUCAAGGAGAGGAACCUUCCUCAGGACUGGAGCGACAGUGACCUCCGGUUGGCAUAUGCCACACAGGUGUAUGAGAAAGUCGCCUGUCUCAUGUACGACUGUCUGGACUGGAGGAGGCAACACCAGCACUACCUCAAUAACCUGCAGCUCAUCAACAUUCCCUCCGUGUCCGUAGGGAACAUCGCAGACAGACAGACAUUGCCUGAGACACAAGAAGUUGACCCAUCACCAUCAUCUCCAAUUGGCAAGAGGAAAACUCAGGCUGAUGUGGUUCCUCCAGCUGCUUCUCUGCCUCCUUCAUCUCCAGUGCACACAGCGGAAGUUGAAGCCCGGAGUCCUGUGUCUGAGGUGGAUAUGAGAUAUUACAAUGAUCUCCUGGGUGACGCCCCCGAGGAGCUUCAGUCGGUCCCGGUGAUACUGCACUGUGUUGUGGAACAGGUUGUGGCCACUAUGGAGAAUCUGGCGCCCCCCAGCCAAGCUGCACUUGAGCCCCGCCCAGAUGGGCUGGAUCCUGUGAUUGCAGGUCACAUGAUUUCUGUUUUGGAUUCUCUCUCUCUGUCGGACAAGGAAAAGAAGAAUCUGUACAACACGUUCCUUGUCCAAGAGACGGAAGAUGAGCGAGAAGAGAAGAGAAGGCCGGAGCUGCUGAACCACCAUGAUAAGACAAGGCACAGGGCUACCCAGGCACAGUGUCCCAGAACAUUGAAUCCAGUGAGAAUAGAGCAGGAAAUGAUUGGAAAACUUCCCCUUGUGCAACUUCUGCGAUUUCCCCAACCCGCAGCAGAGAGGAACUCCCGGAGACUUGCACAGAUACACGAACUCAUGCACCACUGCAUGUCUGAGUUCGUCACCUGGGAACAAAUCUCCUGGGCAUUUAAGCUUUUCACAUUUGAAAGCCUGAAGUUGACUGGACUGGAUGAUCUGGGGGAACUGGAGAGCAGUGGGACAGAGGUGCAGCAAGACGGGGACAUUCCGUGGGACAAUCCGGCCAGAUUUGCCCGUGCCCUGGGCAGAAUGGAGAGUGUGAGGCAGUUGCACAAACACAAAGAACUGGAACCUGAAGGGACUUCUUAUGGACAAAGCCAGCAUCAGGAGGAAGAGGAAGGAGCAGAGAAGGAGAUUUCCCAAGAGAAGGUGGUUGAACAGACACGGCUUGAAGACAUUCAGAGGACACAGAGAAGAUCCCUGAGUGACUGGUGCUACUCGGAGCAUUUUAAUUCAGAACUACUCAAGCAGGUCGUGUGUGAUGCCGCUCAGUCCUACAGAUGUGUGGAUUACUAUUAUCAUACUCAGGAUAACUCUCUGCUCCUCGUCAUGCACAAUCCCAUGAAUCCUUACCAUCAGAGCCAGGAAUCCUGGGAUAUGGCUCUCCAUUCCGAUGUCAGCUUCAGAAACUACCUGGAGCUGGUGGCAGACUCCAUUUCCAGCUGGGUGAAGGAGGAGGAGGAGAAGUAUCAGGAGGAAAUGGCAGUCAGAGAGUUGGAAGCUAUGAAGCAAGUGCAGCCUCAACAGGGUGGUGAGACCCUACCAAAACCCAACACAAAGAAAGCCAAGAGAUCCCCCUCACCUAGAAAGUCAAAAAGUCCCAAGGGUAAGAGAUCAGAGAGCAAGGCUGAAGAACCCUCACUGGCUGAACCACUGAGUAAUCCUUUCAUCCGGGAGGAUUCUUUGAAGGCUUGGAAGGAGGAGCAGGAGCGGUUGAAGGAAGAGGAGCGUCUCAGGGAAGAGAAAAAAGCUACAAAGGGAAGGAAGUCAGCAAAUAAGAAGAAAGGGAGCAGCAAGGAGCGGUCUGAGUCCCGGGGGAGUAAGGGAUCCCCAAAAUCUCCAAGAAGCAGAAGAAAUAGCUCAAAAGACAAAAGUACCACUGAGGAUCUGAAGAUACAGGAGGCAGUCACUGUUGACCCUGAUCUUCCUGCUGCACCACCUCAAAAGCUCUUCAGAUUUGUUGGUUACAACAUGGGAGACAGUUUGAUCCAGGUCUCUGGGGGCAGCCGACACCUCUUCCCCACAGAUGGGGGGCAGAUCCAAGUGGAACAUGUGCACUUUGAGAAAGGCUCUUCCUUUGUGACAGUGAAAUUACUGAAGGAUGGACACAUUUUCCUGGUUCACAUCACCAACCCCACAAACCCCACCCAAGAAAAGCCGGAGGAGAUUGUCUGUGCUGAUAAGGAAGGGAAACCAAACAUCACAAAGAAAAGUGUCAGUGAGUUUGGCUCGUUCUCAGCCACCCUGGAGAAUGGCAUCCAGCUCUCUCUCAGUCACUAUGGCGCCUCAGGGAAAGGACCAGAGGAUAAGGACCCAACCCUUGCAGACAUGUUGACAUUACCUAGUUUACAUACUCCUGGUAUAGUCCCAACACCUCCACCUCCUGAAGCUUCUCCACCUGCUGGAAAAGGCCGCAAAUCCCCCCGGCAGAAAUCUGCCAAAGCUGCGAAGACUCCACAGCCACCACCUCAAGCAGUCGAGGAGCCUCCUAAACCUCUAGAGAUAAAGGUAGAACCAGUAAAGCUUCCAGUCCUUUUAGAACCAGCUCCAGAGAGUUCUACCUUCCAAAGUCUGAAUGUCUCCUGCCCCAAUGGGCUUCUUGUGACAUUCCUACAGGAGACGCCAACAGAUUCAAAGGCUGCAGUUCCGGGGCCCGCAGAGAGGCUGCUUGUGCGCCAGACUUACCCCGUGAGAGUGAGGAACUCACAACUCUACAAAUCCAAAAAGAUUCCCCUGAUAGAAGAAGCCUCCAGGGUCAUCACAGCCCAGGGCUCAGUCAUUAAAUACAUGUUGGACGGCUCAACCGAGGUUCUGUUUCCUGAUGGAUCAAUUAGCAGAAGUCCGGACUCUGGCCCCAUUCUCCAGCCCCGACCACCAUCAUCAUCAUCUCGAGAGGCUUCAGCAAAUUCUGUGAUGGAGCCACAACCUCAGUCACUUAACCCGAUCCCCCAAGAGACUAAAGAGGCAGCGGCAGAAGUUAAGAAAGGCAAAAGUGGCCAAAAAUUGUCAGCAGGAAAGCCAGAGAUUCCUGAACCCCCUCUUCCUGAACCCACCCCUUUAACCUCAAGUGCCACUAAAGUGAAGCCAGUGGGCACUUGGAUUACAACCACCUCCUCUGGGCAGCAGAUUGGUACCAGGGGCUCUGAGAGGCUGGAGCUGAACCCCCUUAUGUCCUACAUAGCUACCGACCCUGUUAACGGAAUGGUGAUGAUCACACGAGAAGAUCAGGUUGUGACUGUGCUUAAGCCGGAUGGGACCAAGAUUGUAGAACAUGUGGACGGUACCAGGAUCACAACAUUCUACCAGGAAGUGGAGAUGUCGGUACUGGGGGACCACAUGGAAACAGGGGAAAUCCCGCCCACUGUCACAAAGAGGGUGGAGUUUGUACGAGUCGAAAACACACACUUUGCCACCAUUAUCCUGAACCAGGAAGAAAAUAUCUGCUGUGCUGUGUUUGGGGAUGGGACCGAGGUUCUGGCAACGCCUCAGGGGACCUACCAGGUGCACCCCUCAAUGUCCGGCUCCCUGACCAUUAACCAGGAUGGGGACGCAGUCUACGCUCCUCGCACCAGUUCCUCCAUUCUGGGCUCCCCCAGGCAAAAGGACCUGCCCCCAGGAAGUUACAUCAUGAGUCACACGGCGCCAGUGAUCUGUGAGGUUCUAGAUCCAGAGGGGAACCUCUUCCAGGUCCUGGUGAAUGGGAGCACGUCGGUGCAUAUUGCCAGCGGUGAUACCUGUGAGGAAGAGGAAGAGAAAAGCCUGGCAGAAAGUGAUACCAGGGAACACGCUCCUGAUGUGUAUGAUUUACAUGUGCCAAGGUUCUUCAUUGUAAAUGCUGAUGGUUCUGGGGGGGAGAUUCUCCGCAAUCGGGAGGUGGAAGAUUUCUUGGCUUCUUGCUACUCCGACCCGGCAACUGCUGUGAUCCGAGAACCGGCCCUGGAACUGCCAGGAGUCCAGUUCAUCACUGUCCUGAAACCUUUCCCCGAAACAUCUCCGUGGGUCAUGCAGAAAGAAAGAAAUAACCUGAUUCCCCCAAACCUCAUGUCCAGACCUUGGGAUAAGUUUCCUCCUGUAGAGAGGGGACGUGCAGGGCCCCCGUUGGGCAUCGGAGUUUGGAAAGGGCUCAGUAUUGGGGCAAAGGAGAAAGUCAGAUCUCACCCCCCAGCACUGAAAUGCCCCAAUGUUCUCCAGAUCCGCCAGCUUUCUUGUUACGAGCCAAUCAGUACGGAGCAGCGGGAGAGGCUGCAGUUAUCACUCAAGGGGUACAUUGAUCAUGUGCACAAGAAGGAGGCAGAGCUAAUGGAGGCAGCCAUUAAGGACCCCAGGACAGAGAACUCUGCGGAUCUGCUAAAGUUGGUGCUGUCAUUUCCAGAGUCCAGAGAAUUACCGAAGGUCUCCAGUCUGGACGGAGUUCAAGGUGACAUUGUUACUCUGUAUGAGAAUACACUUGCCCCCACCCCAGAGCCUCCUGCCCCCACUGCCCAGCCGGAGAGACGUCAGGAAGACUGGGAGGGAAUGAGGAGAGAAAUCCAAGAGCAGAAGGAGACCCUCCAGGCAAUGAGGAGUCAUGACAUCCCCCCGUACUUCCAGUCUGAGAUGGGAAAGGCCUUUCUGGAGACCCAGGUGCCUGAUAUGGAUCUGCUCUCCAGCCGGCUGCCGCCAUUCCCCCGACCCCAGGAAAGAGAAGAGCAGCAGGAGUCCAGGUCCAGCAGUAGUGACCCUACAGCCGAGUUGGAUCUUGGUGAGGGGCCCUCCAGCUCUGAGGAAUGGGAUGAACCCACCCAAAUCUCCAGUGCCCAGCGGGGAGACAAAGAAGUGGCCAAAGAGUCACCCCCAUAUGUUCCAGAAAUUUCCAAGCCCAAGUUUAAUGGGCCAGACAUAACCCCGCCCAUGAACUAUUGCCCAAUGGCACAAAGUCUGAAAUUUGAUGUUACUGGGAGACCCAGGAAAGGGAAAGUAAAGCUACCGACUUCCAUCCUCAGUUGCAAACCGGCCUCAGUGCCCAACAUCAAGCAUGCAAUGGCAGAAGAUGCAGCAGGACACAGAGGCAACAUGGUUCCCACCACUUUGGGCAUUGGCAGUCGAAAGGUGCCACGAGGUUUCCAUCUCACGCCGGCCGCUGUGCAGUUUGGGGUUCUGCGGGAAGGCUACACAUACACGGCGACAGUCACAAUAAAGAACGUGGGGGUGGAUCUGUGCAGGUUCCGAGUGAAGCAGCCGCCCCCCAGCAGUGGUGUGAGGGUGUCGUACACUCCGGGACCGGUGGCGCCGGGGAUGGAGAGCGAGUUGCAGGUGGAGCUCUUUGCUAUGGCUGUUGGUCUGGAUGGGCCGGAGGGAGCGGCAGAAUGGUCUCACUGUAUAGAGAUCCAGAGCCAGACGGAGAUCCUCUUCCUCCCACUCACUGCCACAGUUCUCACUGACACAGUGUAUGAAAGCCAAACUGGGAGAUUACACCUCGAAGGGAGGAGCUCAGGCAUCAGAUUAGUCAGCACCGUCCCGAAUUCCCGACUUCAGAUCCUGCGGCCCAGACGGACUCCAGACUCAGGUGGGAACCUUCCCCGGACUUGUAACUGAGCUUCUGCCCCGACCCAGUGAUUCUGAUCUGCCCCCGACUUCCCCUCAAUAAAAUUAUUUCUCUCUC